CUCCUGAAUGCUUGUCUGCGCCUGACGAGCGCGGCAUGUCCUGAAGCUGUCCACUGCCGCCACUCGGGCAGUGCUUGUGCCUUUAGUCUGGCCCUUUGCAGCUGACAAGCGUGACUUGGUGUCGGGUGGUUCGUGGGAAGCCAGGGUUUCAGGAGUCCGAGCACUUCCUUGUUUGCCUUUGUCGCUGGCGGACUUGUCUCCAUUCCAGGUGCCCAGAGCGAGUGGGGCCGGGCGUUGUCACGGGUAUCAUGAUAUUAGCUGGUUUGACCUCAAGCCAUUUGAGUCAUUCGAUCUCCUGAAAAUGGGAGACACAGUGGGGCCCCUCCCAGGAGCUCUUGGCUGUUGCUGAUGGCAGAAACUACGCUUGACCAAGGCUCACUUGUAGCCCCACGGCGUCAGUGCAGCUGGUGUCGUCCUGACCAUGGACGGUGUGUCGGCCGAGCGGGAUGGCCUCCAGGAGGACAGAUCCCACGGUGGCCCCUUGGCUCUCCCCGAGGGCCCCCUGAAGCCCCCGGGCCCAGUGGUGCCACCUGACCAGGACCCACUGGUGCCACCUGACCAGCAGGACAAAGCCCAGCGUGCUGAGGUAAACAGAGCUUCCACGGAAGGAGAAAGCCCGGAUGGACCUGGCCAGGGAGGCCUCUGUCAGAACGGGCCAAUGCCACCCUCGCCAGACCCUCCGUCAUCUCUCGACCCCACCACAAGCCCAGUGGGCCCUGAUGCCUCUCCAGGUGUGGCUGGUUUCCAUGACAACCUAAGGAAGGCUCAGGGAGCUAGUGCUGAGGGCAGUGUUAGAAAAGAAGCUUUGCAGUCUCUCAGACUCAGUCUUCCUAUGCAAGAAACGCAACUGUGCUCUACAGAUUCUUCCCUGCCACUGGAGAAGGAGGAGCAGGUCCGACUUCAGGCUCGGAAGUGGCUGGAAGAGCAGCUCAAACAGUACAGGGUGAAGCGCCAGCAGGAGAGGUCCAGUCAACCUGCAACCAAAACGAGACUUUCUAGCACGCUUGAUCCUGAGCUCAUGUUAAACCCAGAAAACUUGCCAAGGGCCAGCACCGUGGCUAUGACAAAAGAAUAUUCCUUCCUGCGCACCAGUGUCCCUCGGGGGCCUAAGGUGGGCAGCCUGGGGCUUCCGGCACACCCUAAGGAGAAAAAAAGUUCCAAAUCAAGCAAAAUCCGGUCUCUGGCUGAUUACAGAACUGAAGAUUCAAAUGCUGGGAAUUCCGGGGGAAAUGUUCCGGUUCCCGAUUCUACCAAGGGUUCCCUAAAGCAGAACAGAAGCAGUGCAGCAUCCGUUGUGUCUGAGAUCAGCCUGUCCCCUGACACUGACGACCGUCUGGAGAACGCCUCCCUGGCUGGAGACAGCGUGUCUGAGGUGGAUGGAAAUGACAGCGACAGCUCAUCGUACAGCAGCGCCUCCACCCGAGGGACCUAUGGCGUUCUGUCGAAGACCGUGGGCACGCAGGACACCCGCUAUAUGGUCAACGGCCAGGAGAUUCCUGCGGAUACGCUGGGCCAGUUCCCCUCUAUUAAGGACGUCCUCCAGGCUGCAGCCGCUGAGCACCAAGACCAGGGGCAGGAGGUCGACGGGGAGGUGCGGAGUCGGAGAGAGAGCAUCUGCAGCAGCGUGUCCUUGGAGAGCUCUGCAGCAGAACCCCAGGAGGAGAUGCUGCAGGUGCUCAAAGAGAAAAUGCGACUCGAAGGACAGCUGGAAGCCUUGUCACUGGAGGCGAGUCAGGCACUUAAAGAGAAGGCUGAGCUACAGGCCCAGCUGGCCGCCCUCAGCACGAAGCUGCAGGCACAGGUGGAGUGCAGCCAUAGCAGCCAGCAGCGGCAGGAUUCGCUCAGCUCGGAGGUGGACACUUUGAAGCAGUCGUGCUGGGACCUGGAGCGAGCCAUGACCGACCUGCAGAACAUGCUGGAGGCAAAAAAUGCCAGCCUGGCAUCAUCCAACAACGACUUGCAGGUGGCCGAGGAGCAGUACCAGAGGCUCGUGGCCAAAGUGGAGGACAUGCAGAAAAGCAUGCUCAGCAAGGACAACACAGUGCACGACCUGCGGCAGCAGAUGACAGCUUUGCAGAGCCAGCUUCAGCAGGUGCAGCUGGAGCGGGCGACGCUGACCAGCAAGCUGAAGGCAUCCCAGGCAGAGAUCUCGUCCCUGCAGAGUGUCCGGCAGUGGUACCAGCAGCAGCUCGCCCUGGCCCAGGAGGCCCGCGUCAGGCUGCAGGGGGAGAUGGCUCACAUCCAGGUUGGACAGAUGACCCAGGCAGGUCUCCUGGAGCACCUGAAACUCGAGAAUGUGUCCCUGUCCCAGCAGCUGACGGAAACUCAGCACAGGUCCAUGAAGGAGAAGGGACGGAUCGCGGCACAGCUGCAGGGUAUUGAGGCUGACAUGUUGGAUCAGGAAGCGGCCUUCCUGCAGAUUCAGGAGGCAAAGACAAUGGUGGAGGAGGACCUCCAGAGGAGGCUGGAAGAGUUUGAAGGCGAGAGGGAGCGGCUGCAGAGGAUGGCAGACUCGGCGGCAUCCCUGGAGCAGCAGCUGGAGCAGGUGAAGUUGACUUUGCUCCAGCGAGACCAGCAGCUUGAGGCUUUGCAGCAGGAGCACCUGGACCUGAUGAAACAGCUCACCUUGACUCAGGAGGCUCUGCAGAGCAGGGAGCAGUCUCUCGAUGCCCUGCAGACACACUACGAUGAGCUGCAGGCCAGGCUGGGGGAGCUGCAGGGCGAGGCUGCCUCCAGGGAGGACACGAUCUGCCUCCUGCAGAAUGAGAAGAUCAUCUUGGAGGCGGCUCUGCAGGCGGCCAAGAGUGGCAAGGAGGAGUUUAACAGAGGAGCAAGACGCUUGGAAGAAGGUACCGAGGAAACGUCGGAAACUUUAGAGAAGUUAAGAGAAGAAUUGGCCAUCAAGUCUGGCCAGGUGGAACACCUGCAGCAGGAGACUGCCACUCUGAAAAAGCAAACGCAAAAAAUGAAGGAACAGUUUCUUCAACAAAAGGUGAUGGUGGAGGCCUACCGGCGCGACGCCACCUCCAAAGACCAGCUCAUCAGUGAGCUGAAAGCCACCAGGAAGAGGCUGGACUCGGAGCUGAAGGAGCUGCGGCAGGAGCUGAUGCAAGUGCACGGGGAGAAGCGGGCCGCGGAGGCGGAGCUCUCGCGCCUGCACCGAGAGGCGGCCCAGGUCCGUCAGCAGAUGGCCGACCUUGAAGGGCAUCUCCAGUCGGCACAGAAGGAGCGAGACGAGAUGGAAACACACUUGCAGUCGUUGCAGUUCGAUAAGGAGCAGAUGGUCGCCGUCACAGAGGCCAACGAGGUGCUGAAGAAACAAAUUGAAGAGUUGCAGCAAGAAGCCCGGAAGGCCAUCACGGAACAGAAGCAGAAGAUGAGGCGGCUGGGCUCAGACUUGACCAGCGCCCAGAAGGAGAUGAAGACCAAACACAAGGCCUACGAGAAUGCCGUGGGCAUCCUCAGCCGCCGCCUGCAGGAGGCCCUUGCGGCCAAGGAGGCUGCGGACGCGGAGCUGGGCCAACUCCGAGCCCAGGGCGGCAGCGGUGACAGCAGCCUGGCUCUACAUGAAAGGAUCCAGGCCCUGGAGGCGGAGCUGCAGGCUGUCAGUCACAGCAAGACUCUGCUGGAAAAGGAACUGCAGGAGGUCAUUGCGCUGACUAGCCAGGAGCUGGAGGAGUCCCGGGAGAAGGUGCUGGAGCUGGAGGAUGAGCUUCAAGAAUCCAGAGGCUUCAGGAAGAAGAUAAAACGCCUCGAGGAGUCGAACAAGAAGUUGGCUCUCGAAUUAGAGCACGAGAAAGGGAAGCUUACGGGUCUUGGACAGUCCAACGCAGCUCUGCGGGAACACAACAGCAUCCUAGAAACAGCUUUGGCCAAGAGGGAGGCAGACCUAGUCCAGUUGAACCUUCAGGUGCAGGCGGUUUUGCAGCGCAAAGAAGAGGAGGAUCGCCAGAUGAAGCAGCUUGUCCAGGCCCUGCAGGCCUCACUAGAGAAGGAGAAGGAGAAGGUGAACAGCCUUAAGGAGCAGGUGGCCGCUGCCAAGGUGGAAGCCGGGCACAACCGCCGCCACUUCAAGGCGGCCUCCUUGGAGCUGAGUGAGGUGAAGAAGGAGCUGCAGGCCAAGGAACACCUGGUGCAGAAGCUGCAGGCUGAGGCCGAUGACCUUCAGAUUCGGGAGGGGAAACAUUCCCAGGAGAUAGCACAGUUCCAAGCAGAGCUGGCCGAGGCCCGGGUGCAGCUCCAGCUCCUGCAGAAGCAGCUGGACGAGCAGCUCAGCAAACAGCCUGUGGGAAACCAAGAGAUGGAAAAUCUCAAAUGGGAGGUGGAUCAGAAAGAAAGAGAAAUCCAGUCCUUGAAGCAGCAGCUGGACUUGACGGAGCAGCAGGGCAGAAAGGAACUGGAAGGGCUACAGCAGCUGCUGCAGAAUGUCAAGUCUGAGUUGGAGAUGGCCCAGGAAGAUCUGUCCAUGACCCAGAAGGAUAAAUUCAUGCUCCAGGCAAAAGUGUCGGAGCUGAAGAACAACAUGAAGACCCUGCUCCAGCAGAACCAGCAGCUCAAGCUGGACCUGCGCCGCGGUGCGGCCAAGACGAGAAAGGAGCCAAAAGGCGAGGCCAGCUCUUCCAACCCUGCCACGCCCAUCAAGAUCCCCGACUGCCCGGUUCCCGCCUCGCUGCUGGAGGAGCUGCUGAAGCCACCGCCUGCCGUGAGCAAGGAGCCCCUCAAGAACCUGAACAGCUGCCUCCAGCAGCUCAAGCAGGAGAUGGACAGCCUGCAGCGCCAGAUGGAGGAGCACACCCUCACGGUGCACGAGUCUCUGUCCUCGUGGACUCCGGUGGAACCAGCCACUGCCAGCCCUGCGGCCCCUGGGGGUCAUGCCAACCCACGUGGCAAUGCCCAGAGACACAGUCAGAGCAGGGCUUCCAAAGAAGGGCCGGGACAGUGACUGCUGCGGACUUGCCUCCGUGUACCACUGUCCGGAAUGCUGUCUUAUCAAUGUUAUUUAUUCGAUUGUGUGGCUGAUGUUUUUCUAAGACAUGAAAUUUAAAUUUUGUUUUGCCUUUAACAAGGAGUAAAAUAUAUAACAGAAUGAAAGCCAAGGAUUAGAAAAACAUUCGAAGAUUACAAUUAGCUUUUCCCAUGGAAUGACCAAAUCUUAAAAGCCUAAUAGGCUCUUGGCGAGGAGCUUCGAACGUGUCUGAAGGGUUACUUGUAGGACAUGUCUACUGAGCGGUCACCGGUGCUGCUUUCUGCAGGUGACAGGGAGAGGCUGCAUGACGGGGUGUGCGGCACCAGCGCCCGGCCAGGCCGGCUGCAGUCUCGGUUCCCUGUUCCGUUCAGUAAGAGCUUUACUUUUCUGCAGAAAUGAAAUUUUAUUUGCACCUUUGGCUUUUUGCUUGUUUUUUUGGGUAGCCAUCCCACCAUAGGAUGUGUACGUAGACAAUGAAGAUCAUAACCCAAUCUUUUUUUUUUUUUUUUGGAGAUGGAGUCUCGCUCUGUCGCCCAGGCUGGAGUGCGGUGGCACCAUCUUGGCUCACUGCAAGCUCCGCCUCCCGGGUUCACGCCAUUCUCCUGCCUCAGCUUCUCGAGUAGCUGGGAUUACAGACGCUCACCACUAUGCCAGGCUAAUGUUUGUAUUUUUAGUAGAGAUGGGGUUUCACCGUGUUGGUCAGGCUGGUUACGAACUCCUGACCUCAAGUGAGCCGCCCGCCUCAGCCUCCCAAAGUGCUGGAAUUACAGGCAUGAGCCACCGCGCUCAGCCUGUAACCCAAUCUUUAAUAAGCGUAUGCUCAUAUUAUUUAAGAAGAACCUAUUUGUCUUAUUAUUGAUUGCCUUUUGAAAAUUUGUUGGGAAUAAUUUACCUGUAGGAUUUAGGAAUGUCAGAAAAUUCUGCUCUAAGAAAUAUAAUUUUUUUAUUUACCUUCUAAAGCCAAAUAUUCUUACACAGAAAGGUCCUCUGUUCUGGUUUUACUUUGUUGCUAAGGGUCUUUCCUUCCUGCCAGUCUCUUCCUCUCAGGCCACUGGUCCUGUGUGAUUCCACCAUGGCUGGCCACCGGGAAGGGGCAGCUUGGACCCUUGGUCAGGCCUGAAGGCCAUCAGGAGGCACAAGGACACUGAGGCCCCGUAUCUGAUCCGACCUUUGUGGGGUACAGGGAGAGGCCAGAGGGAGAGGAAGGAAGGUGGAGGAGGAGGAGGAGAGCAGGCCAGGGGCUCCCUGCAGCGACUCCUGCCGUUUCUCCUGGAGCCACAGCCAGGUGUAGAUAGCAGGUGGUAACAAGCCUCACACUUCUAUGCCCAAGAGAAAAUCUUUACCAGUGUCUGAGGGAGCACCUGUACUCGUGCAGUCACCAAGAGAAGUCCUGGGUCCUUUGUGCUUACACCAGCAUCAUGUGGAGAGCAGAGGCGAUUUCUGAGAGAGACAGGCCAGCACCGUGAGGAAGGUGGCUGUGCUCUCCCCAGGUGUCUCAGAAACAGAUGCCUUAUUUAAAAUCAGCACUACGUGUGUGAGAUCUUCCGUUUCCCACCCCAACUCCUGAAACAUUGCAGACACUGCGAGAGUUGGGGUCUGUAAGUUGUCCCCUAGUUUGUUAAGAAAAUCUAAAAUAAUAUUUAUUGUAUGAGGAGAGAGAGAGAAUGGGUCCGUGUGGCCUCCUUUGCAGAGAUAUGGGUCUGAAACGAGGUUCUGAGUGUCACUGGCCAGGCCAGAUGUGCUCAUGUCCGUAUCUUGUGUCUGUUUUGUGGAGAAAACAGUAUGGUAUGUUUAUGCUACUUGUGUUCUGUUGUAAUAUACUUUUAGAAGGUUAAUUGGUAAGGUUAAGGUAGCAUUAACCACAAAGAUGUUUGGUAUUUAAAAAAUAUUCUCUAGCAAGUAUUAGAACUUCCAAAAUAUAUAUAUCAUUUGUACAGGGUUAAUUUUGAAAUAAUACUUGAAAAUUUCAUUAUAAAUAUAUCCUUUUUAUCUUAAGUUGAAGAUGUUAUUUACUAAAUUGUUCUUGUACCAUUAGAAAAGAAAAAUACAGUAAUUUACAUUCUUAUUUAUUGGGGCUGCACUACCCCUUUGUUUUAAUAUUAAAAUCAAGAAAUCGGGCCGGGCGUGGUGACUCAUGCCUGUAAUCCCAGUACUUUGGGAGGCUGAGGCGGGUGGAUCACCUGAGAUCAAGAGUUCCAGACCACUCUGGCCAACAUGGCAAAACCCUGUCUUUACUAAAAAUAUAAAACUUAGCUGGGUGUGGUGGUGCGUGCCUAUAAUCCCAGCUACUCAGGAGGCUGAGGCAGGAGAAUCACUUGAACCUGGGAGGUGGAGCUUGCAGUGAGCCGAGAUCGCGCCAUUGCACUCCAGCCUGGGCAACAGAGCGAGACUCCCGUCUCAAAAAAAUAAGAAAAAUUUUAAAAAUUAAAAUCAAGAAAUCACACACAUUCGAUGGGGAGUGACUUCUCAUAGAAAGUCCUCGAGUGAGCAAUGUUCACCGUGUAUUUUUUUUUCUCUUAGGACAAACUAAUUGUGAAAAUACUCAAGGGAAGGUAGCUCUGCGUUUCUCACCCCGCUUUUCCUGUGUGUGCCCUCGGGCGUGAUACCUCCCCGGUGCUCUGUGGCCGCUGGUGCCAGGGCCCCCUCUGGUUUGGCAGGGCCUGGCUGCCCUCGCUCUCCGCGGUGAGUCUUCUGGUGUUUUCAUGCACGGCUUGUGCUUCUGGAUCUGAGACCUCUUGUGUUCACACGGACACUGCCUUCAGGCUUCCUUUCUUAAGAAGAUGCCUAAAAGAGGAAGUUGGGUUUUUUGUUUGUUUGUUUUUUGAGACAGAGUCUCGCUCUGUCGCCCAGGCUGGAGUGCAGUGGUGUGACCUCGGCUCACUGCAAGCUCCACCUUCCGGGUUCAAGCCAUUCUCCUGCCUCAUUCUCCCGAGUAGCUGGGACUACAGUGCCCGCCACCACACUGGGCUAAUUUUUGUAUUUUUAUGGGGGUGGAGUUUCACCAUUUUGGCCAGGCUGGUCUCGAACUCCUGACCUCAGGUGAUCUGCCCGCCUCAGCCUCCCAAAGUGCUGGGUUUAAAGGCGUGAACCACCACCCCCAACUGAAGUUGAAGUUUUAAAUUGCCAGCUUUUUCUUUAUUGUCGAGGUUUUUUUCUUAUCUCCAAGGGACUCUCCCGGCACUUCUACCUCCCAGAGUGACUUCAGUGCGUACAGUUUGAAUUAUUUUCUUCUUGUGGGCAGCAGUGGGAAUGAUGGAAUAUCCUCAUGGAAAAGGCAGUGAAGUCGGGAGUAUUGCUUAGAAAACAGGGUCCCCAGAGCAUUAUGCUGCGUGUUUGUCCCCACGCUGUGUCACAACAGGCUUGGGCACUUCACGAUGUCACUGCUUUUCUGAUGCUCCCAAAACAAUGUAACUUGGUUUUCAUGUGUUUUUUUCCAUGGUGUGUGUGAGAUUGAUGCUACGGGUCUUACGGACUCACACCCCUGUUCCCAACCUCUGCAAUAUGGAUCAGGCAGUGAUUUUGAUAGGAUGUGAAACGGACUCUCCUCAGGUGGGUCCAGCAGGGCCCUGCCCCCCAGAACAUAGUCCAUGCCGCACUGUGCUGUGCUAGGGAGUUUGCCCUCAACUCUCCUUGGUGUAGGGUGCCCACAACAUAGAGUUCUAGUUCCCUGAGGUCUUUAAAAACAAAAACAGAAUGUUGUAUGUGAAGAUUCUCAGAGGGGAGGGGACCAGCAAAUCUGAGAGAGAACCGUUCUGGAGCCUCCCUUCGAGGAGCCCUCUGACGUGAGGACUUGAGCGAUGCUGUGGUGUGAGGCGUUCUCAGCUCACUGACCAGAAGGUCCAGGCAAAUCUCCAUCAUACAGUGAUCUCAGGCUCUCACAGGAUCCUGAGGGAAAUGUUAGAGGGUCUGGAAAAUUCAGUGCUUUUGAGUUACUCAUUUUUAUUAAAAAUUUCCUCACAAAAGAGAGCCCUCAAGUUGUGGCUGUUCUGGGGAAAGGGGUCACCUUGUCUGACAAAGUGUAACUUUAAAAAGCACGUUGAUUUUUUACAAAUGUAAGUGUGCUUGGGAAUUCCUUAAAUUUUGUGCAAUAAACUAUUUUUUGGUAAAGAUU